CUCAGCUUUUUCCGGUCGGCCAUCCUCUCCAGGCCCUAAAAAUGGAGUUUGCUUAAUUGAUUGUUAAAUGCGGAAACCUGUAAAUUCCAUUUCAGUCAGAUCUUCGCCCUUACAAGCAGUAAUUGCCGACAUUCCCGUACCAUGUACAUGCCAAUUGCUGCCAUUCAUCUUCUCCAUCGGAAUCCUUCUAGAUUUUUCAUCGCCUUGCUCUGUUCCGUUAUUUAUAUCUCGCUGUAUUGGACCCAAACCUGUCCACCUCCAGACGAUGGUUACGACCCUAUGAAUUUUCGCUGAAGUUUCUUAGUGGAUCUGUUAUGUGGACACUUCCUUUCUCAAAUCUUAGAAAGGAUGGCCUCGGCAGCUUCGUCUAGGGACAUUGCCACGACCACCUAUCCUAAGACAUUAACCUCUAUUGUGGCAUCAGUUGGAGGCCUUGCCGUGUUCUUGUUUCUUGCUUCAUUCUUACUUUCCUCGGGGCCUAUUGGCUCGGCUGUUCGUGGGUAUUACUAUGGGGCUGAUAACUCAAUAAAGGAUAGCUUAGUUUCUGGAGCGUGUGUCGACACGCCAAAACAAUCAAGUAUAUUGGGGAGUAACAGGACAGGACUUCGUUCUCAAACGGAGGAUGGUGAAUUGAUGCGAGUUUCUCCAAAAUCUAUGGAGAAUGAUAGUGAUACCGACGGUCAACGUGAUGGCAAGAUGGAUUCAACUCUUCCUUCAUCCUCUUUCAUGAACAAUACAGAAUGUGAUCUGUACAAUGGGAAAUGGGUUUUUGAUUUAAGUGGACCAUUGUACACAAACAACUCCUGCCCUGUCUUAACACAAACGCAGAAUUGCCAGGGGAAUGGAAGGCCAGACAAAGACUAUGAAAAUUGGCGAUGGAAGCCUGCUCACUGUGAUAUCCCUCGUUUCGGGCCGAAGCAAUUCUUGGAAUUAAUGAGAGGAAAGACUAUAGCUUUUGUCGGUGAUUCUGUUGCCCGCAACCAGAUGGAGUCAAUGCUGUGUAUCCUUUGGCAGUACGAAACUCCGAAAAACAGAGGGAACAGAAAAAUGCAGCGCUACUAUUUCAGAUCCACAUCAACUAUGAUUGUGCGGAUAUGGUCGUCCUGGCUGGUAAACCAAACUUCUGAGCCGUUUGAUUAUGCUCCAGCUGGAGUGGCCAAGCUCUACCUCGAUGUUCCCGAUCAUGUCUUCAUGGAACACAUUCCAAACUUUGAUGUUGUUGUUCUGUCUUCCGGGCACUGGUUUGCAAAACAAUCGGUUUACAUACUAAACAACGAGAUUGUUGGGGGGCAGCUUUGGUGGCCAGACAAAUCUAAGCAAAUGAAAGUCAACAAUAUUGAUGCCUUUGGGAUAUCGGUUGAGACCGUUCUCGCUGCCAUGGUGACACACCCUAGCUACAGUGGACUCACAAUCGUGCGCUCCUUUUCGCCCGACCACUAUGAGGGAGGGGCGUGGAAUACCGGUGGAUCGUGCACUGGGAAGACCAAGCCAGCUGUCGACAGUGAGCUGGCAGAGAAUGGGUUUAUCAAUAUAAUGCACGAGAAACAGCUGACCAGUUUUUCUCGUGCAAUCAAGAGAAAAACCAACAAGUCAAAUGUGAGAUUUAUGGACAUCACGAGAGUCUUUGAGUAUCGCCAUGAUGGACACCCGGGCCCAUACCGAAGCCUCGAUCCUAAUAAAAUCACAAAAAGAGGGCCCGAUGGUAGGCCUCCACCACAGGACUGCCUGCAUUGGUGCAUGCCAGGCCCGGUUGAUACAUGGAACGAGAUUGUAUUGGAGAUCAUAAGGAGAGAGUUCCAAGGGACACAAAGUAGUACUCCCUAAUGAACUUAACCAUGAAAGCUUUCAGAUCUUCCAAGGGUAAUUAUUAGUAUAUUGUUGGGUAAUGUUACCGUCACACCACAUAUGACACCAAGAUUGACACCAUCAGUGUUGGAACAAUGUUAUUGUUUCACAAACAAUGAUGGUCUGUCCGUUAUUGUGUAUGGUGGUGUCAACCCUGGCGUCAUCUUGAAGUUAAAGUAGCAAUUUCCAUUAAUGUUUGGCUUAGGUAAUACGGAGUACUAUAUUGAAAGAAAUUUAUUUCGAAAGG